UCAGAAUUAGAUAGAACUUCACAACUUCUUGACAAUGGCUUUGAACCAUUUCAUCUCAUACGCUAGCUUUUUGUUAAUCUUGGCAGUAAUGGUGGUUACGGUCUCUGCAGAACCCGAGUACAAGAAACCCAAACUAGAAAAGGAGAACUUACUAUCAACCAUUGUGGGCAUUCAAGGCCUUGUGUAUUGCAAAUCAGGCCCUAAAGUCACUCCCCUUGAAGGAUCGGUGGCCAGGAUAACAUGUGAGGCUGUAGAUGAAUAUGGGUUCGAAACUGCACCAAUCACUAUUUUGAGUGAUGCAACUGAUGCAAAGGGUUACUUCCUUGCAACAAUAUCUCCAUUUGAGAUUCAAAACAAGAAGAAGAAGCUGACACAGUGCAAAGCUUUUCUUGAACUCUCUCCACUAGAUUCUUGCAACGUUCUCACAGAUGCAAACAAUGGAAUCAGUGGCGCUCUACUCACUUCAUAUCACCUCCUCCAUGAGAAGAACAUGAAGUUAUUUACUGUAGGGCCUUUCAUUUUCGCAUCAGAAUCUAAACCGGUCGAUAAUGGUUACUAGAGACACUUAUAUGAACUGUAACAUUGGGUUGCUAAAGCUAGCAGCCCUUGAACAAAUGUACCAAGAUUGAUCUGUUCUAGUUAAAAAAUGAGUGAUGAAAAAGUGUAGAAAAAUGGCUGUAACAGACAAGAAAGUGGAUAUUAUCAAUGUCA